AUGGGACCCCCGUCAUUUUCUGGAGGAGCUGACCCACUUAUGGUUGAGAACAGGGUCCAGGACAUAGAGGAUAUGAUAACAGUUUUGCCAUGUAUAGAUGAGAAGAGAGUAUUGUUUGUGACGUUUAAGCUGAUAGGGGAGGCAAAGCACUUGUGGAGAUUAGCGAGAUUGUUGGAGGAGCAGAGACCGAACCUUGUAGCUAUGACGUGGAGCCGCUUCAAGGAGAUAUUUUUCGAGAGGUACUUACCGACUACUGUCAAGAGUGAAAAGGCAACAGAGUUUCUAUAUCUGACGCAAGGACUGAUGAUAGUACAACAAUAUGCAGAGAAAUUUAUUGAGUUGUUUCGGUUUGCUUCUUAUUUAGUACCUGAUGAGGAGAAGAAGGAAAAAAAAUUUGAGAAGGGUCUAAGGCAGAGUCUGUUUGAGCAGGGUCAGGGAAAGAGGCCUGCAUCUUCAGAUGUUCAGGCUGAGUCCAGUCGAAGGCCACGGAGGAGGCAAGACAGUAGAGGUGGACGGAGACAGAUAGUGAGAGAUCGAGCUAUACAGGGCGGUUAG